AUGAAUGGUAUUGUCAAAUUAUGGGAUUUAAGAACUGGCUUGUUGGUGGCCAACCUUGUUCACCAUGUCAAGGAGGUACUCAAUUGCUCAUUCAAUCCAUACAAUGGUAUUAAUUUGGUUACUGGUGGUGUGGAUGGUUUGAUUAACGUUUGGGAUUUAAGAAAUAUUAGUCAAACUAUUGCUGCCAAACAAACAGAUUCCAAUCCUGAACAAUUUAAACAAGAUCCAGUUUACUCUAUACCAGCAAGUGGUAAACUGAUGAAUACUAUCAUGUAUGAGCCAUCAUGCGGUAGAUCAAUAAUUUCCAGUGGUUUUGAUGGAGUUGUUAGAUUUUGGGAUCCAAUAUCUUUCAAACCAAUUUCUCAAUCCUCUGUGGGAGAUAGAAUUCUAUGCAUGGAUGUAGUUCAAUAUCCAAGAAGUUGCCUACCAUCCACUGAUGAAGAAAGUGUGUACGAAUUUGGAAGUUGGAGCGAGCACUUGAUGGUCGUAUGUGGUGGCUAUGAUAAAAAGUGGAGAAAACUAACAAGCUUCUCAAGGAGAGCCUUAGUAAACUCUUCCAAUAAAUAG